AGAGGGAGGGAAGAAGGAAGGGAAGACAGCCCAGCUAAAAGAGUGAAAACACACACAAGGGUGAGAGGCAGAUAGGUGCAUAAACACAGAAUAGAGGACAGAAAAAGAAGAGCAAAAAGAAAAGUCAGAGAAAGUGAGACAGUGAGAGAGAAAGGUUACGUGUGAGCCAGAGAAGGAGGAAGUGUAAGGGGCUUUGCUGCUGUGCUGGUAUCAUGUCUCUGUAUGGGAAGGUGGCUCUGGUGACCGGGGGGGCUCAGGGCAUCGGGAGAGCUGUGGUCCAGUCACUACUGCUGAGCUCAGCCAAGGUGGCUGUGGUCGACCUGAACAAGACCUGUGGUGAAGAGUGCAAGACGCAGCUGGACACAGAGUUUGGAGAGGGGCACUGCACCUUUAUUCAGUGUGAUGUGUCACACGGAGACGCACUGAGAGAUGCCUUCCAGAGCACCGUGGACCAGUUUGGUCGUCUGGACAUUGUUAUCAACAAUGCCGGCAUCAACAAUGAAAAGAACUGGGAGAAGACCAUACAAGUCAACCUGACUUCUGUAAUAAAGGGGACCUACUUGGCACUGGAACACAUGAGUAAAGAGUAUGGCAAGGAAGGAGGCACCAUUAUCAAUGUAUCCUCUAUGGCAGCCUUCAUGCAUUCCCCUCAUCAGCCUGUCUACACUGCUACUAAACAUGGAGUUAUUGGCUUCACUAGAGCUAUGGCAGACGCGUCCUCUCAGGGUGACUACGGGGUUCGGAUCAACGUCUUGUGUCCGGCCUUCGUUGACACCCCUCUGCUGCACUCAGUGGAACAGGAGGACAAUAUGGGCAAGUUUGUCAAGUUCAAGGAUGAUUUCAAACUCCGCAUGGACAAGUUUGGAGUUUUACCGCCGUCAUUAAUAGCGGAGGGCAUGAUGAGGUUGAUCAUGGACACCAGUCUGAAUGGAGCAGUGAUGAAGAUCACAUGCUCCAAAGGAAUCCACUUCCACUCCUAUGAACCCAUGUCUGCUUGAGCUGUGACAUAUCUGACUCCACGCUGCUGCUGCUGCUGCUGGACAAACAGCGCAGCACUUUAACCUGUGUGACUGCAACACACCAGACACUGGUUCAGGACAUCUGGCUGCUGUUGGAGCUAACAUCAGAACUGUGUUUGGAUUUUAUUAAUUUAACAAUUCUUUUAAUAAUAAUAUGAUAAUAAUGAUCAUACAAAGCAGAAUUAGAAACUCCAGUGUUUUCAGUGACAGCCAACAAAAAAACGUUUGGCAAACCAGAGUUAAAGAUGUUUCUCUGUCUGUGUUACAGGAAAUACUGGGCAAUAUCGUCAUCUUCAGAUAUGACUGAUUAUACGGCUUUUUAUUUCAUUAAA